CGGAGAGGGGUCGGCAAUCCAAACCCGAUAAGCCAGCUGGCGACGGUCGGCAGUGUCGCCGUUUACGUGAAGGUGUAACCUUCGCGAGAACCCGCUCUCGCCCGGUGGAGUCCGUGCCGGAUCGCUUCCUGGAAGGUCGCAGCAGCCUGUUCUGAAAAAUAAAUCGCAAGCGCGAACUGGUAUAUAACAUAUCGCGGUGCAGAAAAUCGAGACUCCCGCCAACUCACGAGGAGCACGCCGAAGAGAAGGAAAUAAAGCGAAGGAACGAAAGAGAAGAAAAAAAGAAAAAUAAACAACAUGCCGUGAAUCUGCCCCCUCCCCCUCCCCUCCCCCCCUCGCGUGUGACAAUGUGUACGAUUCGACAAAGUCGACGGUGCUCAUAGCGUGUGCGACUUUCGAUCGCACGCGACUGAUGUCGUAGACUUUUCGUCGCGUGUAAAUUGUGUCGCGUCCGUGUGUGGCGUUGGUACCCUGUUGACCCAGCUUCUAACUGAUCCAGGUACCGAACGCCAGGACCAAACACGAUGACUACGAGGGAGCUCUACGUCAAGGGCGGCCGAGUAUGGGUGCCGCAUCCGGAGAAGGUGUGGGAGGGCGCCGUGCUCCUGGAGAACUACAAACAGAAUCAGCCGACGUUGAGGGUGCACACGGAGGAGUCCAACCAGACGAGGACAUUGGAAAUCAAAUCAGACGUGGAUCUCCCGCCGCUCCGUAAUCCCGACAUCCUGAUAGGGGAGAACAAUCUCACGUCGUUGUCGUUUCUUCACGAGCCGGCCGUGCUUUACAAUCUCCAGAUUCGCUUCCAACGGCAUUCCAUCUACACCUAUUGUGGCAUCGUUUUGGUAGCCUUCAAUCCGUACAACGAACUACCUAUCUACGGUAAUGACACGAUAUGGGCCUACAGGGGUCAGGCGAUGGGCGACCUGGAACCCCACAUAUUCGCCGUGGCCGAGGAAGCCUACACGAAAUUGGAGAGGGAGAAUCAUGACCAGUCGAUUAUCGUCUCCGGCGAGUCGGGCGCCGGCAAAACAGUCUCCGCGAAGUACACCAUGCGAUAUUUUGCGACCGUCGGCGGUUCAGCAACGGAAACGCAGAUCGAGAAGAAGGUUCUCGCCUCUUCGCCUAUCAUGGAGGCGAUCGGCAACGCAAAGACCACCAGGAAUGACAACUCUUCCCGAUUUGGAAAAUUCAUCGAGAUCCAGUUCAAUAAAAACUACCAUAUCACCGGCGCUAGUAUGAGAACGUACCUUUUGGAGAAAUCGCGGGUGGUCUUCCAGAUGAACGAGGAGCGCAAUUACCACAUAUUCUAUCAGAUGUGCUCGGCGGCGCGACGUCUUCCGCAGCUUCACCUCUCCGACCAGGACGAGUUUCACUACCUGAAUCAAGGGAACAAUCCGAGAAUUGACGGCGUAGAUGACCUCGAGUACUUCGAGGAAACAAUCAGCGCACUGACGAUGCUUGGCUUCACGAGCAGGCAGCAAGACGACAUGCUACGCAUACUGGCGGCUAUAUUGCAUCUGGGUAACGUGGAUAUAAAAAGCUGCGUGAUGAAGAAUGCGCAGGAUAACGAGGUGGACACCGAGUCGUGUUACAUCUCAUCGUCAGAUCGCCAUUUACUGAUAAUAUCCGAAUUGCUGGGCGUCGAGGUGAACGCGAUGCGGAAGUGGCUAUGUCAUCGCAAGAUCGUGUCGACGCGCGAGGUCUUCCUGAAGCCGAUGAACGUGGAGCAGGCGAUUGGCGCGCGAGACGCCCUGGCCAAACAUAUCUACGCCGAACUAUUCAACUGGAUCGUCACCGGCAUCAAUGGCUCCUUGCAAACGCUCGCCAAAGCGCAGUGCUUCAUUGGCGUGCUGGACAUCUACGGCUUCGAGACGUUCGAGCUGAACUCGUUCGAGCAGUUUUGCAUCAAUUAUGCGAACGAGAAGCUACAGCAGCAGUUCAAUCAGCAUGUGUUCAAGCUGGAGCAGGAGGAGUACCUGAAAGAAGAUAUUGAGUGGACGUUUAUCGAUUUCUACGACAAUCAGCCGUGCAUCGAUCUGAUCGAGACGAAGCUCGGCAUCUUGGAUCUUCUCGACGAGGAGUGCCGGAUGCCGAAGGGCUCGGAUGCCUCCUGGGCGGAGAAGCUGUACGCCAAGUGCGGUAAGUCGAAGCACUUUGAGAAACCGCGGUUCGGCACCACGGCCUUCCUCAUUCACCAUUUCGCCGAUCUCGUGCAGUACGAGACUAUGGGCUUCCUAGAGAAGAAUCGCGACACUGUGAUGGAGGAACAAGUGGACGUGCUGCGGAGUAGCGGAAACAAGUUGCUGAGAAAGUUGUUCUGCGACGAAGACCCGAAGCUGGCGGUGCCACACACCAGGGUGAAGGUAUCCAUGCAAAAAAGCGUGCCCGCGAAUGCGUCCAAUAAGCAGAACAAGAAAACGGUCGGCUCACAGUUUCGCGACUCGCUCAACAUGCUGAUGGCGACGCUGAACGCCACGACGCCGCAUUACGUACGUUGCAUCAAGCCGAACGACGCGAAGGAGGCGUUCGACUACAGUCCGGUGCGGGCGGUGCAACAGCUGCGCGCCUGCGGCGUUCUGGAGACCAUACGGAUCUCCGCCGCAGGCUUCCCGAGUCAGCGUACGUACGGCGACUUCUUCCAGAGGUACCGUUGCCUGUGUAGAUUCAAGGAAAUACGGCGGGAUGAUCUGAAGGAGACUUGCCGGCGCAUUCUGGCCCGGUACAUCAAAGACGAAGACAAGUUCAAGUUUGGCAAGACUAAGGUGCUCUUCCGGGCCGGUCAAGUGGCGUAUUUGGAAAAAUUACGGGCGGAGAAGCAGCGAGACGCCUGUAUAAUGAUCCAGAAAACUGUACGCGGUAUGAUCCAUCACAAUAGGUACAGGAAGAUACGCAGAUCGAUACUCGGUCUUCAGCGAUACGGCAGGGGUUACAUCGCACGGCAGAAGGCCGAAGCUGUGAGGCGAGAGAGGGCUGCAGUAAAGAUUCAGGCAUGGAUAAAGGGCUGGGUGCAGAGGCAAUGGUACUUACAGGUGAAGCGAGCGAUCCUCGGCAUACAGACAUAUGGUAGGGGUAACAUGGCGCGCACUAGAUACAGGAUAAUGAGAGACAACGCCGCGGCGAUAACGAUUCAGAGAUUCGCUCGAGGAUGUCUUGUGAGAAUGGCGUGCAAGAAGAGGCUCAGAAACAUAAUCAUCGUGCAAUCAUGCAUCAGGAAGCGACAGGCGAAGAAGAUCUUCAGGCAGCUGAAGGCUGAAGCGAGGAGCGUAGAGCAUGUCAAGUCGCUCAACAAAGGAUUAGAAAUGAAGAUCAUUAGAUUGCAGCAAAAGAUGGACGAAAUGGCAAAAGUAAAUCAACACAUGAAGAUCUUUCAAAACGAGAAUGUAGACCUGAAGUGCAAAUUGGAAGGUUUGAAAUCCGUGGAUGUUGAGAAUAAGAAAUUGAACGCAGUAGUGCAGUACAAAGACAAGGAAUUGAAAACAAUGCAGGAAAUUCUACAAAAGGAGAAAGACGAGAAGAUGGAUAUAUUACAUGAUAAAGAGAGAAUUAUUCUACAGAAGGACGAGGAAAACAAGAAGCUACAAGAGGAGAAUAAUAGAUUGCGAAAAGAGCUCUCAAUAGCGACCGCGAAGUUGAAGAGUAACCAACGCGGUGCCGAGGAAAAUUUGAAAUAUCGACUUGAACAAGAGAAAGAUCUCCUUCGACUGGAACAGGAUCAGGAUCGCGGAGCCUAUCAGCGGCUACUCAAGGAAUAUCACGAUUUGGAACAACACGCAGAGAUCUUGGAACAGAAGCUGGCGUCGCAGGGACUGCCUGGACACUCGCGCUCCUUGAGCAACGCUUCCAGCGGCAGUGGCCACAUCGUGUCCACGGAGCUUCAGCAAGAUGAUCAAAAUGUCGAUUUCGGUUAUGGUUCUGUCAGAUCUACAGCCUCUUCAUCGACACCUUACUCGCGAGUCGAAACGAUAGACUGGAAUCAACAGCAGUCGGAUAGUCCACCGGAUAGAGAAGUUCAGUCGAACAAGUCGCCCUCGGAAGUAAAUGGACCCGCACACGCACCCGUGGACAUUGGUCUUGUUCUGAAGCUACAACAGAAACUGAAGGAUGUCGAGAAAGAGAAAGGCAGACUGAUCAGGAUGGUCGAAGAUCUGGAGCGCGAUAGUAAUGAAGAGUCCAAUAGAACACAAGAUUCGUUCAGGCUCCAAGAACUAGAAAUGGAGAAUGCGCAGCUUAAGAAAAAUUUGAGCUCGUUGAGGAAGACCGUGUCGUCGGCCAGUCCAUCGUCCGCGCAGAAAAAUCUCAUGAUACAAUUCGAGGCGUUGCAAGAAGAAUUGGAAAGGAGAAGAGAGGAGUGCAUUCAACUGCAUAGCGUGCUGGCCGAUCAUACACGCAGGAUGAAGAACUUAGGCUCCAAUUAUGGUCGCGACGUUGAUAUCAUAAACGAGGAUGGCGAAUUGGUACUCGCCUUUGAAGCGCAGAAGAAGAUUAAUAGGCAACUUGAGGAUGAGCUGCAGGCGAAAGAAAGAGGUUGGCGAUCGCAGAGAGACGAAUGGCGAAGCGAGAUAGACAGACUGCAGGAAGAAAUAGAGAAGCAACAGAAGCUACUUUCUAUUAAUUUGAGUAAAUCACCGCAGACCCAGGCGGAACUUUACAUGCAACACGAGGUUGCUAGGCUAGCAUCCGAAAAUUUGGAUCUUCAAGAAAAGUAUGAUAAAAUAGCAGAAGAAUGUAGACGCUACAAAAAGCAAUGCAGAAUUCUGGCAAAACGAUUGAAGGAUGCUGGCUUGCCCAACGCGGUGGAAAACACAAACGGCUCCACCGUUGUUUCCAGUACUUGCGAUGAUGGAAGUAAUAUGCCUGCCAUUCGCAAGAAAGAAAGAGAUUAUGAGGGAAUGUUUGAGUUUAGGAAAGAAGAGAUCAACAUAAUUAUACGUCACCUUGUUAUUGAAUUGAAACCCCGAAUAGCGGUGACGUUGCUGCCGGGCUUACCUGCCUAUAUUAUCUUCAUGUGCAUCAGACAUACUGAUUAUAUCAACGAUGACGACAAGGUGCGGUCGCUGUUAACAGAGUACUUAAACGCUCUUAAGCGCGUGUUGAAGAAACGCGACGAUUUCGACUCCAGAGUACUCUGGCUGAGCAACACCUUGCGGCUGUUGCACAACAUGAAACAAUACUCUGGCGACAAACCAUUCCAAAUUGAAAACACGCCUAGACAGAACGAGCAAUGUCUAAGGAACUUCGAUCUGAGCGAGUACCGCAAUGUGUUGAGUAACACAGCACACUGGAUCUUUAACAACCUUGUCACGAAUCUCAAAGAGAGAAUCCAGGCGCUGACGGUGCCGGCCUUGCUAGAGCACGAGGCCAUAGCCGUUCCGACCGACAAGUCUGGGCGGCCCAGGUCGUCAUCCAUGGGCGGCGAACCAGACUCCACACAGCAGAAACUGGACAAACUCCUCGGCGAGCUGACGUCGGUGCACAAGACCUUGCAGUAUCACGGCGUGGAUCCCGAGGUCGUGAUGCAACUCUUCAAACAACUGUUUUACUUCAUGUGCGCCAGCGCUCUAAAUAAUCUACUGCUAAGGAACGAGCUCUGUCGAUGGACGAAGGGCAUGCAAAUAAGGUACAAUAUGAGUCAUUUGGAGCAAUGGAGCAGAGAUCGACGAUUAGAAACCGCAUCAGAAGCACUGCAGCCCAUCAUACAAGCGUCGCAGCUUCUACAAGCGCGUAAGACGGACGAAGAUGUUAAUUCCGUCUGCGAAAUGUGCAACAAGCUGACGGCUAACCAAAUUGUGAAAAUCCUAAAUCUAUACACACCCGCCGACGACUAUGAGAGUCGCGUUCCUGUUUCAUUUAUUAAGAAAGUGCAGGACAAGCUGAAGGAGCGCGGCGAGAACAACGAACAACUGUUAAUGGAUCUAAAGCAUUCCUAUGCUGUAAGAUUUCCGUUCAAUCCAUCAGAUAUUAGACUGGAAGACAUCGAGAUACCUGAGGUGCUUCGUUUACCCAUGCUCAAAAAGGUGUAAUAAUCUCGAUCAUGGUAAUCCUGAUCCCCGCUCCAUUGUAUCAAUUUUUAGUUAAAAAUAUCACUCGCGAAUAACUGAAACUCGCCUAGCCCACUUGUUCGUACGAAAGUUAGCGGUAUCGAGAAUUCGGCUAAGUUAGGCGUAGACGCAUCGAGAACGACUCAUGGAUAUCACGUUUUAUAUAAGUUUCUUUUUUACUCGGGUAAUUUGUAGAUUUCACAAUACGUCCUUAUUCCGAAUCGCACUCGCAUUCAAAGUCAAUUCUGUUGCGUAGAUGAGUGAUCGGAUCCCGGUAAGUGAGAGAGAAACGAUAUUUUCGUUAUUGUUAUUGUACAGUGUUGCACGUUGAAAUAUAAAGGAGGCCUGAAUACGAAGUUCUUACAAGGAUUUUAUAUUUGAGAUGUUUUAUAUUAAUUAAUAUCAGAGUAUCACUAAUUUUAGAAAAGUAAUAAGUAAAUAUAGCAUUUGCUAUACGUUGAAUCGUCCACUUUGAAUGAAUUCUCCAACAUUUUAAGUUAUCGAUAUAUUUAUUAUGAACGAUACUAAAGAACGAGACUGAAGAAAUGUAGUUUUAGAGAUGCUAUACACAUUUUCGAAUGUAUUUAAUUAGUUUUUUAAUCGAAAGUUGUGAGUUUUCAAAAAUACAAGUUAAUUAAUCUGGGAAUUACAUUCUUGUUCAAUAAAGCAAUUUCCAGAAUACUUCAGAAUGUAAUAUAAUAUAUGAAAACAGUAAUAAUGUAACUCUUACAUCCUUGUAAGAAUUUCGUAAAUUGAAAACUUGUUGAAGAUGUAAUUAAUAUAUAAAAAGGAAACGCGCGUGAAAGAAAAGAUAUAAUGUUAUAUUGGAAUAGAUUGUAUAUUUUGUGAUACGAGAGAAAAGGAGAGAGCUAUUAUAAAGUUGGGUCUGAUAAUCGGACCGAUAAAAGAAUGAGAAAAAAAAUGAUGGUGACCGAAAGAAAUCGGAGUAUAUAUUAUUGUUACAUUCUAAUUUAUAAAUAUGUACUACAUGCAAUUGUAUUUUGUGCCAUUUUACAAGUAGAUCGUAACGACAUCCAUUUAUUACUUCGUUUGGUCUGCCAUUGGUUUCGUGCAUUACGAACACAUUUCACAAAAUGGUGUCUAAAGAGAGAAAGAAUCCCUUUUCUCAAGAAUGUUAUAGACAGAAUAUAUUUACACAAUACACACCUGACUCGAUGUGACAUAUUUAUUUGUUCCUAUAGUGAAAAUAAAGCCGUUUGUGACAGUUCUCAUCAAU